AGAGGCACGACGAUCUUACUCGGAACUCUCCCUUCCCCUUUCGGAAAUUGUUAAAAGAACUGUUCUCACUUAUUAAUUGGGCCUUUACGUAUCAUCACCGGAUUAACAAUCCUUCGUACUUGAUUAACUACCAAAAUCCCAGUGAUUUCAAGAUGGAACCACCGUGUCCUCCUCCGCCGCAGCCACCCGAUUCCCAAGGACCGCCUCCACAAUUACUGCCGGUCUCGUACAGUCCGAACCAGCCAGAACUGCCCCCAACGUUCAGCGGCGUUCCCAUGAAUAAUACAGCCAUGAGCCAGUCCAGUAAUAUUCCUACCGACCAAACUGGUCGUGGAAGAAACUUUUAUCCCGGGCAACGGCAGCCUUGGUCGACUGGUCUGUGUGAUUGUUGUAAAGAUCCGAAAAGCUGUUGUCUAACAUGUUGGUGUCCAUGCAUUGCAUUCGGAAGGAUAGCGGAAAUAGUCGACAGAGGAUCUACUCCUUGCGGUGUGAGCGGGACACUGUACGCUCUACUGCUGUGGGUGUUCGGAUGCUCGUGCAUGUACUCCUGCGUGUACCGGACCAAGUUGAGAGGCCAGUACUUCCUCGAAGAAAAGCCGUGCAUCGACUGCUGCGUCCAUUGUUGGUGCGAGACGUGUUCGCUGUGCCAAGAGUAUCGCGAGCUCCAGAAUCGUGGCUUCAACUUGUCCAUAGGUCUCUCCUACCCUCUCUCAAAUCAUAAUAUAUGGCCGGCUGCAGCAUUGAUGUUCGAUCCACCCCGAAACAUAUCGAUCAACUAUAUAUAUCACAAACCGAGCCAAUUCAUUUUUUUUUUUUCGAUUACAAGGAGGUCCAUUGGCCUAAUACAAUAAAAUAGAAAUCCUAAUAAUUAAUAAAAAGACACAUGUAGUUCUACUGGGUAUCGAACCUAAAAUCUCUUUAUUACUAAGCUAGAGUAUGCACCACUACACUAGCCAAUUCAUAUUUUGGAAGGCAGGAAGGGACCACAUUGACCAGCACCUACCUAGUUAAUGUUAUGAAUUGUGGAAGCUACAUGUCCACUAAGUACAUACGGGCGUUUCGUCCAUUCAAAAUUAUCACGUUUUUUUUUCCGGUUACAAAGGAGAUUUAUGAUGUCACGGUACAAUAAAAUAGAAAUUUUAAAUAUCUUAUAAGGAGACACGAGUAGUCUUACCUAAGUAUCGAACCUUGAACCUUUUUGUUAUCAAACGAGAACGUGCGCUACUAUGUUAUACCCUCUUUAAUCACGCUUUAUUUUCUUUAAUUAGUACUUUUACAAACUCUUCUAUUAAAUAUUUCAUACAUAUAAUAAAUUAGAAUGAUCAACUAUAACUCCAGAAGAAAAAAUUGUCAAUAUAUUAGAUCAAAACAUUUUACUUAAUAUUUAAUAAUAAUAAAUGUACAAAAUUAAUGCACUGUACUAUAUGUAUUGAAGAUAUAACCCGACUUAUAUUUCACUUAAGAGUACCAGACCUUGAUCAACCACACACAUUUCCCAGCUGGGACGCUAACCAUAUCUAUACAUAAGACCCUCUUGUACCAAUUGUUGAAUCAUCAGUUUGUUAUGUUG